AUGAAUGGAAUGUCUCCUAAUAUAACUGCGUCCUCUGCUUGCUUAGCUGGGAGUUGGAGGUUAAAUGACGAAAUUGGUAACAAAAACAUAACACGUUUUGAAUGGAGUAUGGGUUUACAAGACCAGCCCGUUGGAGAAGGGAUAUUUGACUUGAAAAACGAAAGGCCUUGGAACGAUGUCGGUUUGCAAAAGCAUGUCGUACAUUGUCUUCCUGUAAACAAAACACUCAUUGCAGGGGAAAAAUACGUCAUUUAUGUUCGAGCUUGGUUUUCAGGUAGUGCAUAUGCCAUUUAUCGAUCAGCUCCGAUCACAGUUGACCAAACGGCGCCAUCAAUAAGGCGAGGUCGAUCUGUAAAUGACUCUAAUGAAUUAUGCGAUGCCGAUUUUGACGUAAUAGAUUGGAUGGAUAAAAUUACUGCUUGUUGGGCUGGCGUCUUCCUUGAACAGCCAGGGCAUGUCAAAUAUUACGUUAUAUCAUUAGGAACAUACCCUUUUGGAGAUGAUACACUUAGUCGAAAAAACGUUGGAUUGAAUACCAAUAUUACUUUGGCAAAUAUUUCAUUGUCGCACGGUACAAAAUAUUUUUUCUCCGUUACGGCAUACAAUACCGUAGGUUUGCAUACAUCUGCUUUAUCGGAUGGUUUUGUAAUUGAUAUGGACGUUCCUGUUACUGGGGUCGUUUUCAACACACGGAACUAUAGAAACACUGAAUAUCAGUCGUCAGCUUCAUCAAUCGGUAUAUCAUGGUAUGGAUUUCAGGAUGCGUUUUCGGGAAUAAAGAAUUAUUAUGCUGCUAUAUCGCAUAUGCCGUUUGCAAACCAAAGUAAUAACACCACGAACACAGGCCUCAGAACAAAUUAUGUGUUUCAAAAUUUAGCAUUAGAAAACGGGAAAGUCUAUUACGGUCUUGUUAAAGCUGUUGAUAAUGUUGGACAUGUAAGUACAGUAGCUGUUUCGAAAGGCAUAACGAUUGAUACCACUCCGCCUGUUGGAUACAGAUGUGAAAAGUAUUCGGAUAUCGGACAAGUAUGUAAAGUCAUGAGUGGCAUUGACGAAACGGCAGUUAAUCUGCAGUAUACUUCUUCUUUGCAAAAGUUAUAUAAGAUAACUGGAAAUUUGCUUUCCAUUGAUGACUAUCAAAUGAAAAUUAAAAUCAAUAUAGACCGAAUGCAUAUGUACCUUCCUACUGUAAAAGAUCACAACCAGGGUUACAAUUUUGAACAUAGCUUCUCUUCUCAAAAUACUGGGCUUCAAAACAUAUCUUUAGAAACUGAUUAUCAAAGAAAUAUAACGGUGAACAUGACAUUGUUUGAGUGCAUUCAGAUUAUUGAAGACAACAAUAAAGCUAUAGAACUGAAACAGAUUUCCCGUUCCAUGUUAGCGGUACAGUUGCUUGUAAAGGAUGAAGACAGCUCUUUGAGCAAGGUUGAGUUAGGUGCUGGAACAACUGUGAAUGGAUUUCAGAUCAAAUCGCUGUCAAAUUACUACCACUUUAAUAACAAACAUCUGAUUUAUGCCAACGCCCCUCAUGGAACACGAGUGUAUGUCACUGCAAUAGCAGAAAACAAUGCAGGACUUAGAUCAUUGUUUCACUCAGGUCCUAUUACUAUUGACCACACUUCCCCUGUUGUUAAUAAUCUAGUUGGCCGUCUUCAAAAUGUACAGGUUAAUAUAUCUGGCUUCCUUGAAAUACGAACAAUUGUACAGGCUACAUGGGAUGUUAUUGACGAAGAAAGUGGAAUGAAACAAUGCUAUUGUUCAAUAGGCAAUAAACCAGGGUUAUUUAAUAUACAUUCGGUCUGGAUCGCAAAGUCGCUAACAUCUUGUGAAUCGAGCGGAAUUCAGCUUUCUCAUGGACAACACAUAUAUCUUAAUCUAAAAUGUGCAAAUAACAUAGAACUGUCAACAAUGAUAUUUACGGAGCCUCUAGUAGCCUCAAUCGAGAAACCAGACACAUAUACUGCAGUACUGGCUUUUGUGCCACAAAAUGAAGAGUCUUCAGAAUAUAUGUCUCGAGUUGGAUCACAUUUUCCCGUACAAUCAAAUCAUACAUGUCUAGAGUUGAAAUGGGUUGGCUUUGAAGACCUUUCUGGCAUUGAUUAUUACGAGUAUCGUCUUACUCAAAGUGGACAAGCGUUUUUUACCGACUGGACUAAAACGUACAGAAAUUUUGUACAAGUCGCUGACAUCGAUAUGGAAAGUGGAGAAAUCACUGCAGAAGUCAGAGCUAUUAAUACAGGCUCUUUUAUCAGUGAAUCUGUGAAUGCUUCACUUUUGGUCGCCAGACACGCACCCAAAUUAACAGGACUCACAGCAACGAUAACAAGAAAAGGCAAUUUGUUGACCGUAAAUUGGGCCGACGUUUUCCAAAUCUUUGAAGGCGUCCCGUUGUCAUACAGUCUGGUAAUAGGUUCGAGGAGAGGAUACACAGAUAUACUGGAUAUGAAUUACAUCACUAGUACCAAAUAUGAUGUAUACAUACCUGAUUCAACAAUAAUUACAGCAAACAUAAGGGAAGUCUUUGUCCGGAUCGUCUGUAUCUACGGGACUGGACUGCGCACAAUUUAUGAUACUUCUUACAAGAUGUAAUUCAUAUGAAACAUUUUAAUAUAUCAUAUUACGAAAUUAGUAGGUAGAUGAUAUACAACUUUUUUGGAUACUUUUAUAUACUUUGGAUCAUUGAACAUUUUACAUGUAUUUUUUAUCU